AUGGUCCGCAAGGUGAAGGCUAAGAAUAAACACCUCAGCUACCACUCCUAUGAUCAGGCUAUGCCUAAUAAGACGAAUCCACCCUCGGUGAUCACAGAUGGUGUAUUACCUCCGUGCAAAAGAGCCAAUGGCCGGGCAAAAGUGGCAAUAUCAUGGAAGCGGGCACAUGCCCUAGAAAACUGGUCUGACAGCAGAGAGGAAAAGGUUUCCGACAUCCCUGACUACGCCUCCUAUGACGAGCCUAGGAAGUUCUGA